AUGCAACAGACAGGAGGCGAUGGGAAUGCAGCGACUGUAGGCAAUAGUCUCAAAUUUGUUGAGAGAAGAGCUAAUCAACCGGAGUCCGCGAUAGCAGCCACCAAGGCUGUUCAUGAACCAAGCCAUCGCACUGCGCGCCAUAGCACUAAUUCUCCCCAUAAUCGUUCAGGUGGCGACGAAUUGCGUGGUUCAACAAGAACUGGAUCCCCUCAUACUGGAAGUAGAGUGCAGUCGAAUACUUUGAUUCGAGCGUCUUCCUCUUCAAGUUCAACGACAUCUUGUCCUCAAAAAACAAAACAUUCUUCUACAGUUAACAGUCUUCGCUCAUUUCAAAAGAAUUUUGAUAAUGCGUACCAGCCUAAUCAAGCUCCUCAGAGUCAUUCUUCUGUCGAAGACGCACAAGCUAAUGUUAGUAGCAAUUCGUCUGGGGUAAAUACGGGUACUGCUCAACAACCAAUCAAUGCUUGGAUGAAAGGGCCGCCUUCUAGUAUUCGGUCACCACCAUCACAGUCUGCUCAGCAGAAUGUUAAUAAUAAAGGAGCCACGACGUCUGAAACGGCAGCCCCAGCCCUUCCUACUGAAAUUUCCCAGAAAUCGAGAGAUGAAACUCCUGUUCAAGCAGUUCCUGUUUCGAGUGUAACUACAGCUCACUCCUCAUCUGCUUCAUCAACAUCGCUGCCACAGUCGACUGGAAACGCAGACAGUACACGACGUAUGAGUGGCUCUGGGCCGUCUUCGCCUCCAGCAACUCAGACAGUUGUCACAAAUCAUGGAACUUGUGUCCAGCAAAUGACUUCAGUCAGUUCUACGGCUGGAACUCCAGUUCUUUCCACAAAUGGGUCUUCCUCUUCAAUAGCUCCUAUUGAUCCUCAGCCGAGUAUAAGUUCUUCUGCGUCUAGUACUGGAAAUACAUCUACUCCUCAACCUAGCGGAAAGAAGUUUGAGUUUAAUCCAGACGCAACUCCAUUUACUCCACGCUUUGCAACUUCACAUACGUCCACUCCUAGAUCUACUCCGGCCCCAGCCCCAGCUGCUGCUGUUCAUGCUACACAUCCUGUUCAUCAGUUAUCUGUUAAUCCAGCGCAAAAUAUAUCUGUUGCUCAGAGUAUACCAUCCGGGGUAAUUACGCAGCCAAAUCCUCCAUUUUCUUUCACUCCCAACACUGGAGUGUACAGUCCCUUACAUAUGUACUAUUCAGCUCAACCAGUGCUUCCUAUGGGUACACAAAUUGCGCAGGUAAGCGCUAGUCCCGCAGCAGCAGGUGUUGCCGGAGGGCCUAUGGUUGCUGGAGGUGCUAGUGUUCCUGGUGGUAGGACCGGUCAAGUAACUGCAAGCACUGCUGGACCCCGCCGAGCUCAGUUGUUUUCUGGUGGACCUUUGUAUAUAUCAAAUGCCGUUCCGUACGGCCCACCAGUGAUUCCUCAGUAUCCUGUGAACAUUUUCACGAGUCCCUUUCAACAGCUGUCAGUGGGUACAGCAUCUAUCCCUCCUCCUACCGUGCCACCUCCGGCAUCUAGCAGUGUUGCGGUGGGAGCUGCUUCGCAACCUCUGCAGAUUCUACCAACUCAACAGCAACAUUCGCAAGCUGCUUAUGCCACAAGGCAAUACUAUCAGCCUAGCCAAAAUUGUUUGGUAGCUGCAGCACCAGCUCCACGCGGUUAUGCGCCACAACAUCAAACUAUUGAAUACAACGGUAACGGUCAGCAGCCGUCAAGCGCCGCAUCAAGCAAUGGCAACGGAUCCAAUGGCCAUAACAGUCAACCAGCAACACCUGGUCCCCAACCGAUUGCAUCUCCUGCUCAGAUUUUCAAUGAGCACGUCGGCAAGUUGCCGUUAUCACCUCUCUUGCAUGUUGCACACGAAAUGAUCUGUCUUUGCGUUGCAAAUUUUUAUAGUAACGUGGCGUAUCCGUCAGCAACAAAUACUCCACAACCAGCACACUCGUUUCUGAUGCAAAUACAGUCUGGUCCAUCGCAUCAUCCGCAGCAUAUGUACGUGCAGCCUCCCUCUGCGUUUUAUGAAGUUGCGAGGUUUCUUGUUGUUAGUGCUAGUUGUCGAUUUGUAAGUCUUGGAAGAGCGGCCUUACUGGUGCGCGUAGUUUACAACAGCUUUGCUUCUAUCUGCUCUGUCUUUAAUGUAUUUUUAGUAGCUUGGGGUCUUGAUUCGCAGUUGUACGAAUUACAGUCCUACCUGGCUUUGUUCCAGUUCCCUUUCGUUCCAAACCCAAGUUACAUGAUGUACAACCCUCAGCAGGUGAUGCAGUUAUCAGCCAUACCGUCAGCGCCGAUAAGUUUAAGCCAGCCAAGUCAGCCGGUCACGAUUGAUCAUUAUCCAAAUAUGAAUGAAACUCAUUCUACAAGUCAGCAUAACGCAAAUAGUCAAACUCAUGGGUCUAUGCCUUCUCAACAAUAUCUAAGUACUGACCAAGCAUACGGGCAAUAUCUUCAUGGUAGUUAA